AUGUCUAGAGAAGAUCUCAGCCCGACUGAGCUUGCAAAGAUUCAGGUAUAUCUUGCUGCCCAAGGCUACGAGAUACAACCUAUUGCGCCGCCAGCCCCAAGCAAGAUAACUCCGGCAAACCAAACAACAGCAAAACCAGCGACUAUGGCAAAACCUGUGGCUGCGGCCAAACCAACGGCUACAACAAGAUUGACUGUGAGGCCUGGGACUGCCCACUCAUCAGUACCCUACUCUCCCUACCGGUCCCCUCGUUCUCCCUACCGGCCCUCUCGGUCUCCUUUCCGGUCUACUCGUUCUCCCCUCAUUGCCGUACCUUCUCCGCGUCACAAGUCUUCAAAGCUUAUCCGUCCACCAAUACAGAUGAGGUACAUGAAGAAGCCUAAGGGAACAGUUGGGAGGAAGGGGAAGUACGGGUGGCCAGCGGCUCUGAAGGAUAUUUUUGGCGUAACUCCAGCCAAGUACCAAUUUAUCUUUAGUAUCAUAAAGCGCCUGGUUUUCAAGAAACUCGAUACAACAAUAUGUUUCCAAGACCAAGAAGGAGAUAAUAUUACAUGGGUUAUUCAGAAGACCUACAAGUUUAUUCCCGAAUUUAGGAUCUACAAAGGCGAUUGGCCAAUCCAGGGCUUCAUGCAAUCAAUUCUCAAGAAUGCCAACUAUAAGCAUCGAAAGUUGGUUAAAGGGUUAGCGGCGAACCCGGACGAUCUCAAUCAAGUUGCCACUGGCGAUCACGAAAUGACGGAGGCAACCAAUGCGGCCAACCGUGUCGUGGAUGCGGACUCUAGCAAUGAUGAAGAUGCAACCAAGGAAGCGGACUACAAUACCAGUAUGGUAUCUGCCGCAAAUGUGACAUUCAAAAUGGGUGACACGGCUAUGGCAAUUGCGUCUCCUGAGCCAAAAAUUGCCGGUAGCACCUCGGAUUCCGAUGAAGAUACAAGCGAAUUCUUCAGGAAGAUACUUCCCCCGCGGCCGGCGCUUUCAACCUUGUCCUCAGUUCGGCCUCCCAACUCUACUACCUCCGGCGAGCCCAACCGAGCUCCAGUGCAGCGGCCCCGGCCUCGCAUGAGGCCGCCACCACAAGAUCGUGCCUCGGAAGCGCCACCAACGGAACAAGAGUCCGGGCCGUUGCCCGGUCCUGUGCCAGCAUCCACUCCUGCACCCACUCCUGCGCCGUCUCCGUCUCCCUCGCCUGAGCCACAGCCCAAGCCAUCCAAAAAGCACACGAAGAGGGUGCCUGCGGUAUCAAAGACUCAUGCGACAAGGGCUAAGGCUCCAAGCCAGCCAGAGCCAGAGCCCGAGUCUGAGCUCGAGUCCGUGACCGCAACCAAGCCGAAGACAACGUCCAAGCCAGUCAAGCGGGUGGCAGGAAAGAGCAGGGGCAGGGAGAUCCAGCAACCAGAGCUAGAUCCCGUAUCCGAACCCGAACCCGAACCCGAACCCGAACCCGAACUGGUACUCAAACCGUCCAAGAGAUCCAAGUCCGGAAAGCCGGCCGACGCCGCUGCACCUGCACCUAAACCAAAGGCAGCGCCCAAGCCGAAAGUGGUGCCCAACCCACAGCAAGUGCGCCAGCCGAAGGCAACGAGCUCUCGGCCGAACCGUGGCCGAGUAGGGGUGGCUGAAACCACGCUUGAGUCGGAUUCAGAGCUCAGCAACGUAUCGGCAUCCCGGUCUAACCCCCCGCAGGCAUCAUCCGAUGCAGGGGAAGAACUGGAGUAUGAGGAGGAGGAGGAGAGCCACCCAGUUGCAACGGUUACAAAGAGCAAGGGCAAAAAGGUGAACAAAGACGCAACCUUUGAUUCUGACGAAGACUCUCUGACCAAACGGCGUGCCUCGCAGAUGGAACAUCGAAGAGAAGUAUAA